ACCGCUUCUUCUGUUAUUCUAUCGCCGCCGUUCGUCACCACCGAUCUUCGUUCUCCGAGAAGUUGAAAGCUUGUUACAAUGAGGGGAAGGAGCUACACUCCGUCACCACCACCAAGGGGUUAUGGGAGGAGGGGUCGAUCCCCAAGCCCUAGAGGAGGCCGAUAUGGAGGUCGUAGUGUUGACCUACCUACCAGUCUUUUGGUUCGCAAUCUACGCCAUGAUUGCAGGCAAGAAGAUCUCAGGAGGUCAUUUGAGCAGUUCGGACCCCUCAAGGACAUUUACAUGCCAAGGGAUUACUAUACUGGAGAUCCGCGAGGGUUUGGUUUUGUUCAGUUUGUGGAUCCUGCUGAUGCUGCUGAGGCAAAAUAUCAAAUGGAUGGUUAUCAUCUACUUGGCCGUGAGCUGACUGUUGUUUUUGCAGAAGAGAACAGGAAGAAACCUACUGAAAUGAGAGCAAGGGAGCGUGGUGGAGGAAGAAGGAGCAUGAGCUCUCGAGACAGAAGGCGUAGUCCCCCUCGUUACUACUCUCGCUCUCGCUCUCGCUCUCGCUCUCGCUCUCCUCCCCCUCGACGUGGUAGAUCUCGGUCACGGGGUGGUGAUUAUUAUUCUCCUCCCUCUAGAAGACAUCAUCCGAGGUCUAUCUCUCCCAGGGAAGAACGAUAUGCUAGGGGAAGGUCAUACUCGCGCUCACCCGACUAUAAUGGCUCCAGGGGUCGCAGUGUAAGUCCAGCUAGAAGUAAGAGCCGCAGCAUAAGCCGUAGCCCGAGUCCAAGAAGAAGCAUUAGCCCUAGUCCGAGGAGAAACAUAAGCCGUAGCCCGAGCCCCAGGAGAAAGAGGAGCAACACACCUAUACCAGCCAGAAGCCGCAGCCCUAGGAGAAAGAGGAGCAACACACCUAUACCAGCAGGAAGCCGCAGCCCGCGUGAGGAGCAGUACGAAGACCGUUCACCAAGCCAGUGAUUGGUUCUUUGCUCUCUUAAUAGUCGUCUCUCUGUUUUUCUUAUCCCAAGACAAAGUUAUGAUGAUUUGAAAAGACGAGAUAUAUGUGGGGUCGAAUAUUGGCUUUUGUGUUUUGAUUCCGUUGAGUUUUUUGGAAACAUUUAGUAGUAAAGGGAAUGCGAGUUACAACUCCGGUAGGCUUUUAGAUUUUGUCCUCUUGUGUUUAACUAAUUUUUAUUGGUUAGGACCAAAACCAACCAGUAAAAUGGAAAUAAAU